UAUUUUUUAUCAUGAAAGUGAAUUAGAAAAAAAAAUAUCUAUCUAUAUAUAUAUGUAUAGUAGGGCUUUAUAUGACGUCAGUGGUAAGACGGCGUUGCUCAAGUUUGACGUCAAGUUCAAAAUAACUGACUCGACGCAUGGCGUCUUUUGUCGAGUAGGACACAUGAAACUAUGAAGAAAGACGCACACAGUUUUACUAUGGAAGUCAUAUUUCUUACCUGUGCAACGGACUAUCAAUAAUAUUGGCCAAUCUCAAGAAUACGAACGUGCCUUCAUCUAUGUUGGCAAAGAUAAAUGAUUUAAUAUAAGAGACGACGCUGCGAAUCCUCCAACCAACAAGUCACACAAAAGCCUUAUAAUGAUGUAUCGUGCUUUUUGGGAUACAAUAUUCCUUCUCACCGGCUCCCUUUUUACAUAUGGGCAGGUGCAAGAGAAUUCUACCUCAACAACGACUAUUGCAACCACCACAACAACUACCACCACUACCACAACAACCACCACCAGCACAACGACAACCACUACUACUACACGUGUCAAAAAAUUUAUAGCAGCUGCUGUCCACUCGCACUUUGAUGACUGCCCUGAUUCCCACAGCCACUUCUGUUUUCAUGGCACAUGCCGCUUUCUCAUACUGGAGGAAACACCUGCAUGCGUAUGUCAUCCUGGCUUUGUGGGUAUGCGAUGCGAACAUGCAGAUCUCUUGGCUGUGGUGGCGUCUAACCACAGGCAGCAGACUGUGGCCACCAUGCUGGUGUUGUGUGUGGUGGGUAGUGUUCUACUCAUGCUGCUGUGCACUUUACUAAAUUGUUGGUGGAGACGGGGAGGGUGUGGGCGAGGUAACACCAUUUCGUGUUGGUCGGAGAAGCCUAGGAGUAUUCUGACGGGUGGGACAUCCUGCUGUCACUCAGAAACAGUGGUCUGACAUUCGUUUUCUGGAGCUCACUCAGGUGCUCUCUUAAAAAUGAGAUCACAGAAUCUUCCAUUUUACUCCUGGACUUCACUAUGACUGCGUUUUUCAAACUACAGACUGGCACAGCUGGUAAGCGCAGCACAUAUUGAGAGCAUUUCGAUGUGGGCAGUGGGAGAACUCAAUCAAACAUGGAACCUUGCGUUCAAACAGACUGAGUCAUUCCGAAAAGGAUAUUUUUGGAACAACAGCAAUAGCAAGAGUUAAAGAUGGAACUCAAAAACUGAGAAACUCUAAAGGACGAACUCAGAACUACAUGGAACUCAACUACAGGAUCCAGUGAUGUAGAGACAGGGCCAUUUUGAAUAAGGUAUGGAUCGAUGGCCAAGAAAACUAUGAGAGGUUUUAGAGAAGUAAUUCUUACUAACAAAGCAUAUCUUAAAGCUAUAAAUAUCCUUAUAGAUGUACAACAUCCUCCCAUUUUUUGUCUUUUAAAAUAUUGUUAUUAUAAGAAAAACACUAAUAAUAUGCCAUUAAUGGGAUGUGAAACUCACUAAAAAGUAGUUUAGGAUAUACUUUUUUAACAAGGAUAUAUUACAUUUUCUGUAUCACAUUAUGGAUAGAGAAUGGGAGAUUACUAAACAUUUAAGUCAGUCAAGUAGCAUGUAAUAUUAAAACUACAACGACUCUUUUGCCAAUUUAUUUUAGCUUGAUCUGCUUAUAAUGUUGAUUUAAAAAAUCGUAAAGAUUUUUCAAACACAUGAGACACCAUAGUCGGUUCUGAGGGACAAAUAAUGUCCUUUACACAUUAUAACACUUUUACCGUAAUUCAGUUUUUUUUUAAAAUGUUGGAAAUGGAUGGUGAAAUAUUUCACAAUUAUGACAUGUAACUUGAAGUUAUGCAUAGAUUCACAAAUCCCACACUAUAAUUUCUUCAUGCACAGAAAGUGCAUAUAAUGUGCUAUCAAAAAAUUGUCAAAUGGUUUGUAGAGAGCCUCAGUAUGUUCACUAUUUUUAGCCACGGUAUGACCUCACAUAAAGUCUACAUGUUCAUAUAUACAGUUGAGGUCAAAAGUUUACACACCUUGCAGAGUCUGCAAAAUGUUGUUUAAUUAACCAAAAUAUCAUACAAAAUGCAUGUUAUUUUUUAUUUAGUACUGACUUUAAUAAGAUAUUUCACAUUAAAGACAUUUACAUAUAGUCCGCAAGAGAAAAUAAUAGUUGAAUUUAUAAAAAUGACCCUGUUCAAAAGUUUACAUAUACUUGAUUCUUAAUACUGUGUUGUUACCUGAAUAAUCCACAGCUGUGCUUUUUUUUCAGGUCCUGCAGAUUCUUUGGUUUUUCAGGAUUUUUGUGUAUUUGAACCUUUUUCAACAAUGAGUGUAUGAUUUUGAGAUCCAUCUUUUCACACUGCAGACAACUCAUAUGCAACUAUUACAGAAGGUUCAAAUGCUCACUGAUGCUCCAGAAAAAAAAAACGAUGCAUUAAGAGUCAGGAGUAUAACCUUUUGAACAGAAUGAAGAUGUAUACAUUUUUCUUAUUUUGCCUAAAUAUCAUAUUUUUUUAAUUUAGUACUGUCCUUUAGAAGCUACAGAAGAUGCUUACAUGUUUCCCAGAAGACAAAAUUUGUUAAAUUUACCCUGAUCUUCGAAUUCUAAAAGUUUUCACCCCCCCGGCUCUUAAUGGAUUGUGUUUCUUUAUGAAGCAUCAGUGAGCAUUUGAACCUCCUAUAAUAGUUGCAUAUGAGUCCCUCAGUUGUCCUCAGUGUGAAAAGAUGGAUCUCAAAGUCAUUGCUGGAAAGGGUUCAAAUACACAAAAAUGCUGAAAAACCAAAGAAUUUGUGGGACCUGAAGGAUUUUUCUGAAGGACAGCAGGCAGUUCAACUGUUCAGGACAAACAAGGGAUUCAUGAACAACUAUCAGAAAAAAAAACAAAACAGCUGUGGAUCAUUCAGGUAACAACACAGUAUUAAGAAUGAAACGUAUGUAAACUUUUGAACGGGGUCAUUUUUAUAAAUUUAACUACUAAUUUUUUUUUGUGGACUAUCUUAUUCAGGUCAAUACUAAAUAAAAAAAAACAAAAAAAAAACAUGCAUUUUGUAUAAUCCCUCCUAUUUUGGUAAAAUAUUUCACAUUUUGCAGAUUCUGCAAGGUGUAUGUAAACUUGACCUCAACUGUACAUGCAUGUCUGAUCACAUAAUUACACAUAUUUCACUGUGCACUUGUGUGGUGUACAUUUCAAGCACCAUUCACCAUUAAAUCUGCACUUAGGUUUUCCAUGAUGGGUGUUGGUGAUGGCUAUAGCUCAUCUUUAUUCGUUACUCUUGAAGAACAAAACACUUCACUGUAUCUUAAAGUGGUUGAUUCACCAUUAUCAUGUUUAUUGGGGUACACAGAUGCAUACAGAGGCUCAAAUCAUUAGUGAUAUUAUUCAGUUUGAUGCACAUUGUCCUUAUUAACUUGGAAAGUUUUACACUGAAAAUUUUUAAUUCUUUGUUCUCAUCAUCUUAUCUGUCCCCAAGCUUUUGCCAGUCUCAUAUUAUAAAACAAAUGUUGAUUGACCAUUAAAGUCAAAGGGUUUAUAUAUCUUUAUUUGGAAUGUUAAAAUGUGGUGCUGGUAUAAAUAUAAAAUAUGCAGUUUGCUAUUUGGUUUUAUUAAAUCGAAACCCUUCUCAGAAGAUGGCAAAUUACUGAUCUAGCAUGAAAAAAGAAAAGAAUUUGGUGGGCUUAGAGUUGGCUGUGUUCUGGUAUGAGAUCAUGGAGGCAUUUACUGAAGUCUGAUUACUGUGCGAAGAUUCAUGAAAUAUUUGAUAAAAUGAUUCCAAAAGUCAUCCAAGUGACAAAUUAAGCACUUAGGAUGUUAGCAUGGGCAACAUAUGAGUUAUCAUCUGAGUGAAUGAUUUUUAUCAGCCUGGAAAAACAGAUUCAGGAUGAUUUAUCUAAGUUUAUUCAUUGAUCUGUGUGGCUGAUCCUGAUAUGAUUUAUGUAAACAAACAAAUGUGAUUGAUUGUAUAAGGACUUAGUGUAAAAUUCACAAAAAGUAAGUGAAUAAGAGUGCAAUGAUAGAAAAGAAAAUGUAUGUAAUUGAGUGUUAAACCUCAGAUUUAUCAAAUGUUUUUUUUUUUUUGUUUAGUCUUUAUGACUUUGGUUAAAAGAUAAAGUAAGCACUGGAAAUUUCAGACUGAACAGUUUUGUAACAUGCAGUCAUUGCAUAAUUUCCAGAUGUGGAAUUGCAGUCAUCCGUGGUGAUGAUGUCAUAGACUAAUGGAUGAAUUGGCCUUAGUACUAGAGAUGAUGCUCAGUGUUGCAUCUCUUGCUUUGUUCCGACUGAAUCCUGUUUAAACCCGGUUAACUGCUUAUUGACUGACGUUUAUGUAUGGUAUACUGUAAACACCAUCCGUGUUUCACUUUAAAAUACUGUCUUGUUUCAUGUCGGGAAAAAUGCUUUGUAAAUAAUGUGUGGUAAUGUUAUUUUUGGUUGUACUGUAUAUGGAAAAUAAGGUGUUUUCUUGACUAUCACUGAUCAUCAGUCAAGCAUGAAGGUAAGAGGUGCUUGACUGUAUGACAAUUUGUUGAGUGUUUUGACCUCUUUGUCUAAGUUUGCAUAUUUUUUUCCAAAUAUCACAAAG